UUGCAUGGAGAUAGGCCCAUUGCAGCAAUGCAACCUUCCAACAUCAGUGUGACCGGCGAGGCUCGGGUCGACGCGUGUAUACCACCUACGCAACGCGCGAAAAAAGCCAUCGCGCCAUUAAAAAAAAAACAACACAAAAAAACAACAAAAUUAAAAAAAAAAACAAACGGCCUAAAAUUUUACAAACAAAAAUCCCAAAAAAAUAAAAUUCGAAAAACCAAAUUUUUGGUUCGAAAUUCAAAAUUGCGCGCAUGCGUCUGGGUCAUCGCUGCCGCCCGCCGUCACAUUCAAGAGAUAGGUUUAUGCAAUAGACUCUUAUAAGUUUCCCACAUAAUCAAAUAGUUUAAGUGACAUUGUAAACAAUAAUAUUCAGCAACACUUGGUCUCUCACCAUAGACUCAACAACCGGUUUCAUUUUUACAAACUGUAAACUAGUGUUAAGGCAACUGAGGGUGGCUCAACUCGGAUUUGUUGUGAUAGGGCUACUAUAACAUCCACGACCAUCCGGGAGGAGCAUCCUGAACAAUAGAAGAAAGAAGAAGAAGCAAACUAUCAAUGAGUAGAAGUGGUAGAAGAUCAUGGCACUCUAGAAGCAGCUACCAAUAAGUUAAAUGCGGAAGAAGCAGAGAAAAGCCAAGAUUUCAUAGCAGAAGGGAAUCUAGCUAAAUAAAUAAUAACAACCGCCAUUUGACGAUAAAGUAACACGUUUUUUCGCAAUAGAACAAGUUUUAAGUUUAUAUCAACCGUUAUUACAAGGAAUCAAUAGAAAAGAGAAUUUAAACAUUUGAGUUCUUUAAGUACAUUUAAACAACACUGGUUAUUUUUGGAACUAUUUGAUUAAUUUAUAUUGAUUUUUAUACGCAGACUCUAUAUAAUAUAUAUCUAGUGAAAGUAAUUUAAUAAAAUAACUCUGGACCUAACAGUUAAGGCUAAGUGAUAUUUGAGACAUUUGGCAUAUAAGUUUUGGAAGUGUUUCGACCAAUUUCAUCGACCGUUCCUGAUUGGAAGAUGAAAACAAAUUAAGCAAAAAAAAAUCUCGUGCCUUAAAUUGGCCUUAAAUUAAUAGUAAAAAGGUAAGAUAAAAUUACUCAAAAAAAUUACAAAAAAAAAAGAAUCUAAAUUUACCUAGUUUACCUACCUGUUGAAACAAUUUCUAGAUUUCUUUAAUAGUACAAAAUUAAAAUAAAUUAAAGUUAAGAAUAAGUUAUAUGUUUAUGUUAUUUCUAUACCUAUAACGUUUUAUAUGAGUAGUAAAUUAAACGGGCUUAUAAACAACAAGGACAAACAAUAAUCUGACAAUAUUGAAAAAGAUAAAUUAGAAAAAAAUACUUAUGAUAACAAAUCUAGAAGAAACAACAGAACAACAAAUAGAAUAUUAAAAGAACAAGACAUAACAAGAAGAACCAGAGAGGCAAGGAGAACUCUCAAAAAUAAAAGUACAAGCAAGCUUGAAACUCCUACUACUGGAAACUUGCCACAGGAGAUUGCCGGAAACAAAACAGACAAAAAGUGCAAUAGCGAAGCGAGAGAUCGCAUGAAUUCGUUGUGACGAUACGCCCGAAACUGGAAUUAAUGUUGAAAUACUUCAAUGAGAACAUAUCCCUAGCGCUGCAGGAGAGAUACAGGGACCUCCAUGAUUAUCGGAAGACGGAAGCGGUAGAGGAGGGAUCACCGAGGGAGGCGAAAGUACCGAAAAUAGCUGAGGAAGGAGACCAGGUCGGCGGCGAGGGCGCCUUCGAGCCGAGCGCCGCGCCGCCGUUCCAGAGGUUGCUGGAGGCUCCCAAAGAGGAGGACAACUUUGUGGCGAGUUGGCUCCAGAACUCCUUUAAGAUGACUGCAGCCGAAGGGAACUCAGAAGCCUCCGCUGGAGGCAGUGCUUUAGAUCUCAGGGCGACGCCGAUCUCGCUGCACAUCCCGGCGUUGCAACAAGCGGCGGAGGCUCAGCGGUUUAAAAUGCAAGACUUUUGGAACAGGAGUCGGCCAGGGUCUCCCGCCCAAGAGCAGCUGCCAGAAAGCCAGAGCCAGCCUGGACCAGCUCCGCCGACUCCUCAGCCGCCAGCUACUCCUGACCAUAAGAUCAUCACGGAAAAACUAGUGAACGAAAUCCAGCAGCAGCAAUCGCCGUCCGCAGACUCGACGAUGAGCGAGAGAUCGCUCGUACCGUUUGCGCUGGUAAAUUUACUGUCUACACUCAGUAAUGUCGAUCCACAGCAACAGUCGCCAACAGGGGACGGCCCGAUCGGCGAUCGCAACACAAUGUUGCCUUUCGCAUUGGUAAAUUUCCUGAAUAGCCUCAAUAUCGAUCAACAAGCAAGAUCUGGCCAGAGCAUCAGCGAGAGAACCCUGGAAGAAUGCUGGUCUACACUUCAGCGAGUGAGUUGGCAUCUGUUUCAAUGCAUCUUCAUGCACAAGAACGCAAUGCAGAUGCACGCGCGGGAACUCCAGCGUGGUCUAGGCGGGGAGGUGAAGCCUCACCAGUGCCAGCAGUGCCUCAAGUCCUUCAGCUCCAACCACCAGUUAGUCCAGCACAUCAGGGUGCACACUGGGGAGAAGCCGUACAAAUGCUCCUACUGCGAUCGGAGGUUCAAGCAGUUGAGUCAUGUGCAACAACACACCAGAUUACACACAGGCGAACGUCCCUACAAAUGCCACCUUCCUGAUUGCGGGCGUGCCUUUAUCCAACUGUCCAACCUGCAGCAACACCUCAGAAAUCAUGACGCUCAAGUGGAACGCGCCAAAAACAGACCUUUCCAUUGCAAUAUAUGUGGAAAAGGGUUUGCCACCGAAAGCAGUCUUAGAACACAUACGGCGAAGGAGCUUCAGCUGCACCUUGGUGUUUUGCAGCAACAUGCGGCACUCAUGAUUGGUGGUGCAACCGCAACCACAUGCCCAAUAUGCCACAAAGUUGUAUUCGGUGGCGAAGCGCUCGUAGAGCAUAUGAAGAAUACACAUAAAGAUCCUAACGCAUCCGGUGUUGCGAGUCCACCCGCCACUUCACCGUACCCAGCACAAGCUAAACCAACUGAUCCUUAUAUAGCGAAGCGGCGGACGGCGAACCACCCUUGUCCUGUAUGUGGGAAGCAUUAUGUGAAUGAAGGUUCCCUAAGGAAGCACCUCGCAUGUCACCCGGAGACGCAGCUCACCAGCAGUCUCAGAAUGUGGCCGUGCUCGGUGUGUCAAGCUGUGUUCACCCAUGAAAGUGGUCUUCUUUCCCACAUGGAGCAUAUGAGAAUGGAACCAAAACAUCAGUUCGCUGCUCAGUACGUCCUCUCCCGAGCGGCAGCAGAGAGGAGGGAAAGAGAUCUCCUUGCUGCCGUAUCAGCCUCCGCCGGAGGCUCUGGCCUUCUCAACUUAGCUCCGCCUUCCCCAGCACACUCCGACUCCUCCUCAAACGGCCGGCUAUCCUCCUCAGCGGGCUCAGAAGCUGGUGCUGCCGUCAACAAGCUGACAGAUCUAUUGCGAUCAGCAAACAACGGACAUCAAGCAUACGGUGACGAGAGAGUCGCCGCGAUUGCAGCAGCGGCAGCGAACAUGAUGGCACAACCAGGAGAAGGCGCUAACGCUGUACAAGUCGCUGCUGCUAAUCUAGUAUCAGCGAUGCGACAGCAGCUAGCAAGAGAACCACCGCCAGCACAGCCUCCAGCGGAGACACCUCCAGCACCGACCGAAGCGGCGUUGCGGAUCCAGCAAGCAGAAGCGUUGCUGCGAAGUCAGGCAGAAGCAUUACGAUUAGCGGUUUCACAAGCAGCCGCAGCGGCACACGGCAACGAAGCGCCUAGUCCGUUAAGGCACAACGGAGGCUUCCCCCCACAACCGCCUAACGAUGCGAGUGGGCAGUUAAGUCCAGAAUUAGUUGAAGCAUUUAGAAUUGCGCAGGAACAGAGAUUGGAGCAAGCGUUGAGAUUGCACGAUCCGAGAAUGUUGGGUUUCAAUCUGCCAUCGCCUGCACAACAAGCGGCACAACAGGCCGCGCAGCAGGCUGUUGCGGCACAGCAGGCGGCGGCUGCUCAACAGGCCGCUCAGCAGGCGGCUCAGCAAGUGGCCCAGCAGGCUGCUCAGGCGGCACAAGCGGCACAAGCAGCUCAACAAGCCGCAGCGCAAGCGGCUCAACAGCAACACAUGCAACAAGCAGCACAACAAGCAGCGCAACAAGCGGCGCAACAAGCUGUCCAUCUCCAACAAAACCCUCAGCCAUGAAAAUUCAGCUAUUACUAAUCCGACGCGAUUUCGGUAGAAAAAACAACCGUAAAAAAAAAAAAACAAUCUAGUUUAAUAGAAACGUAGUAUUUCAUAUUUUUUGGGACAAAAUUCACUUUUCGUUACAACGGAGCGUGAACGGGAAAUCGCCUCUGAUUGGUAAUUAUUUACUUUGAACUCGGGACUCGAUAUACGUUUUUUUUAUUAGCCACAAAUACGUUAAAGAUAAAUUAAUAAAACUACAUUCGUAGAUAGACCUAACUGUUGUAAAUAAGAAUGGAUUAGCCGAGACAAAAUCUCUUGUAAAUAUAUACUAUGAAUGAGAAAUUAAAAUAGUUGAAUGAAUAUGAAAUAAUGGAACAAAAACUCGCCCGAACAAGUAAUUAGAUGUAGACACAUACGACAAAUAAUAUACAGUGCAAUCUUCAUUAAUUAUUUGUUUGGUUAUUAAUGAGUGUUAUAUUAUUAUUAUUAUUAUUAAAGUGAAAUAUUUAUUUUUUAUUAGCUUUAUAUGCAGAGCAUUGUAUCUCUUAGUUUAGUACAAACUUUUGGAUGUGCCAAACUGGUUUAAGCACUAUUUGUCGCAUUUAGCGAGACUUUGCAAUAUUUAGUUUGCAUAUUAAGUUUCUAUAGGAUAUAUUCUAUUGCAAUAUAAUUAAUUAUAUUUGUUUUUACUUUAACUUUUCACGCAAUAACACGUCUUAUGCUAGUCACGUUUUGAACGCACAAACAUAUUCUAUUUAGAGAAAAAGAAAAAAUUAAAAUUUAUUUUUAAAUAUUAUUAUUAUUAUUUUUUGUUUUUAUUUCAAUAAAUUCUCUAUUAAUCUUCAUUCGGCGUAAAGUUUUAUUUUUAUUAUAAAUGCCAUAUUAGCUAAUAAUAAUGUACAUACGUAGAAAUUACGUAAUGUUGAUGCUUUUGUUCAUACGAAAAUAAACAUUUUAUUUUUAUUAUGACGCUAUAAUUUUUAACGAGAAUAUAAUUAUUUACAAAUCAUUUGUAUAGGUGUACAUAUAUAAUUAAAAAAAAAAUUGGAAUAUAAUUUUUAUUUCAGAAGACUGCCGUUACUUACCUUUGUUUUUUCUUUUCUGUAAAUAAAUAAUCGAUAAUAAACAUUGUAUACAUGGAUAAAUAAAUAGCGAUUUUUCACUGCACAAAUAGUAAACGACCGAAACAGGACAACUAUAUGAACGAAAGUCGAAGUUACAACUGAACAUAAACAAAAAAGAGUCUUCGACAACAAUCACAUUGAAUAGACUAAAAAAAAAAAAAACACAA